AAUAUAUAUAUAUAGGUGACAACUUUUUCCUUUCUAGCGGAUGGAUAAACCUUGCAUACACUCUGGAGGGUUUAGCAUUGGCAUUGCUCGUCAUUCCCAAGUCAUUCUUCUUCCUCUAAGCUUUUCAAACAGAUUUGAGCCACAUAGCAAGUGAAGAACAGAUCUCCAUACUCUGAAACUGACAUGGCAAGUGUGUUCACAAAUCCAACCUACACUUAUUUUCCUGUGAACAGAAGUACCAACAAAAAAUUAGGAAAUUCUGGUAUGAAAAGAUCUCACAUAAAGGCCACCCUGAGAGUAGAGAAGCCAUUGGAGGAACUGUACAAAGUGAGAGUUGAAAGGAAUGUCUCUGCAGAGAGACUUGCAGAGCUGGGGGUGUCGAAAUGGUCGGUGUGGAAGACGGGGAAGUGCCGGUUGCCAUGGGACUGGCAGGUCGACCAAUUGGUGUACAUAGAAGAAGGAGAAGUUAGGGUCGUGCCUGAAGGGAGCAAGAAGUUUAUGCAGUUUAUGGCUGGAGACCUUGUUAGGUACCCGAAAUGGUUUGAAGCUGACCUCUGGUUCAAUGGUCCUUACCAAGAACGUUAUAGUUUUAGAGCUUAUGGUGAUGAUUUUUGAUUUUUUGUAUGAAGGCUUACCUGGCAAGGAAAUGACUAUCGAAUUUGUGUGGUCUACUCUAUUAUAACAUUCAGUUGAGUGUGCAAUAUAAAAUAUUUUAUUUAUAAACUU